CAUCUUUUCCACUAACUCCUGCUGCCAACAGAGCUCUGACAGACAGACAGACAGACAAACAGUGAGACAAACAGUGAGAGACCGAUUACCAAGGAGAGAAAGAAAACUGUGUGGAUUCAAGAACUAAAAGAAAUCGAGUAAAAGAACAAAGAAGGACAAAGAAGAAGAGCUGGAAGAGAGCUAUAAAGUAGAGGUGGUGCACGCUAACGUGGAUCAAUCACACUCCUCCACUGUUAGUUUGCAAGUGUAGUGCAUCUGUCUGUCCAUAUAGUAUCUUGGUUAAUCUGUGCUCUUGUGAUACAGUAAAAGUGUCACAGCUUCAAAAUCAGUCUGUCAGUAAAAACCUUUAAAGAAACACAAAAAUACACAAACAAAUAAAUAAAUAAAGCUUAAGUGAAUCUGUUCAGGUGUCAUUGGGUCAUUGUGACUAUCGGCACAGAAUCUGUCGGUUUGAAAAUCUGUUGAACUGACUUUUAAAAAGCUAUCAUAUAACCAGCCUACACAUCAUAAUGGCUCCCAAGAAGAAGUCACCACGCCCUAAGAAGCCCAUUCCUGAACCAACAACAGUUGAGAGUGGAGUGGUUGUACCAGAGCCUGGUGUUAAGAAGCUGGAGCUUCCUUUUAAUGUUGAGCAGCUGAACCGGCUCAAUGGGGUGCCCUUGCCACCCCCUGUGAUAAGACCUGGGGAGAGAGGUUUUGGCUUGGGCAGUGAGCUCACCCGCCCCCUGCAUGGAUCCGCUCUGCUGGAGGAGCUGAGCCGCAUGAGACAGGAACGAUUCCUCACUGACAUGGAAAUAGCCUGCAAAACCAAGGCAUUCGAUGUUCACAAGCUAGUCAUUUCCUCAGUCAGCCAGUAUCUUCGUGAAGUCCUGGCCAAGGAUCCUGGACUCAAACGGCUGGAACUUCCUACCCUCUCACCUCUCGGACUUGCCAAUGUGAUUACGUUUGCUUACCUGGGCCGUGUGCACAUGUCCCUGUACACCAUUGGCUGCACUGUGUCUGCAGCCAGCACCCUGCAAAUCCCUCAUCUUCUCCAGAUGUGCAUGGACUUCCUGAUGGCUGAGCUGAAUACGCACACUUGUGUGUACGUGUGGAAUAUUGGCGCUGCAUAUGGCCUGAUGCCUGUCCGCGAGGCUGCCCGGUGCUACAUUCUGGAGAAUUUUGCCCAGUUUUCUGAGACAACCCAAUUCAGCCAACUUACCCUGGAGCAGAUCACAUCUUUCCUCCAAGAUGACAACCUAGCUCUUCCUUCGGAGGUCACCACCUUUCAGAUUGCAAUGAAGUGGUUAGACUUUGACCCAAAGAGGCAAGAACAUGCCGCAGAACUGCUGUCUCAUGUGCGCUUUGAGACCAUCCCUGCCAGUGAGCUGGUUAGUGAGAUCCAGCCAGUGGCACGUAUGAUGCUAGAUCCUCGGUGUCAUCGUCUUCUGGUGGAUGCCAUGAACUACCAUUUGCUGCCCUACCAGCAAAACACAUUGCAGUCACGGCACACAAAGGUCCGCGGAAGCCAGAUUGCUCUUCUAACCAUUGGGGGUCGUCCUUCACUAACUGAGCGUGCCCUAAGUCGAGAGGUGCUUUGGAGAGAUCCGCGAGAGGGAACGGCUACAUGGCGUCAUCUUACUCAGCUGCCAGCAAAGAGUUUCAACCAGUGUGUGGCUGUGAUGGAUGGAUUCCUGUAUGUGGCAGGAGGAGAAGAUCAAAAUGAUGCCAGAAACCAGGCUAAACAUGCUGUUGGCACCCUUAGCAGAUACGAUCCUCGCUUCAACACUUGGCUGCAUCUUACCAGCAUGCGCCAACGACGUACCCAUUUCAGUUUGGUGGCCACUGGUGGACGGCUGUAUGCCAUUGGUGGCCGCAACACUGAUGGCCUCUUGGCCACCAUUGAGAGCUACCAGCCCUCUACCAACACUUGGCAACUCCGUACGCCAAUGGAUAUGCCACGAUGCUGCCAUGCUAGUGCCGUCCUACCGUCGGGAGACAUCUUGGUGACUGGUGGGUAUGUUAACUGUGCUUACUCUCGCUCUGUCAUUUGUUAUAGCAUUGACAGUGACAUUUGGAGCGAGCAGGGAGAGUUGGAAACACCUCGUGGCUGGCACUGCUCUGCAACAGUAGGUGACAAGGUGUACGUGGUAGGAGGUAGCCAACUUGGUCCCGGCGGAGUCCGGAUUGAUGUGAUGACCAUGGAGGUCUUCAACCCUGAGAGCAAGGAGUGGACCAGAGUUGCCACCCUGCCCCUGGGAGUGAGCACAGCUGGUAUGUCUCCACUGGGAGAUCACCUGUACCUGCUAGGCGGAUGGAAUGAAGCAGAGAAACGUUACAAGUCAGCAGUCCAACGCUAUGACCCAGGCACUGACAGCUGGUCAACAGUGGAAGACCUGCCGGAACCCAUUGUGGGGGUGUCCUGCUGUGCCCUUCCCUUGCCCCCACGUCACACAUCCCGUAGACACCGGAACACACCUUCCCAUGAAGAUCAGAGCAGUGUGACACAGAAUAACACUGCAUGAGAAAG